AUGGAGUUCGUAUCAUGGACCAUCGUGAAGUUCACUGAUGAAAACACAGUGGAAGCUAUCCCCACGUCAUGGUUGUUUGGUAGUCAGAAAUGUUACUGGCCACCAUUUCCCAAAGACAAAGUAAUCAAUUGUAUACGGAGAAAUGAAAGACCCAACACAUGUUGGCCUCUCCAUGACAUUUGCAUAUUCAGGAACGGAACUUAUGAUAACUAUUUGACUGCUAGAAAUAAAGCCAGAAAAGCUGAAACCUUCAGUGAUCUCAACUCAGACAGUGACAUACAGUCAAGGAAGCUGAAGAAGAAGAGAACUAUUACAUCCUCUUCCGAGGAAGAUGAUGAUCACUUUUCAUCAAAGUUGCCAUUACCUCCCAAAAUGCAAAAAAUUGCGAAUAUUACUACUGUUGUAGAGGAGACUGACUCGGAUGAGACUAAUAUCCAUAAUGAGUCUAUGAUGCCCUCACAGGAACUGUUCACCAACAUUGAACCGAGUAGCUCUUCCUCAAAAAAAACAACGGGUGCCACCCUGAAAAAUUUAUUGAAGCAACAGGUGUUGACUAGACACAUAGUUAAUGAAAUACUCGAAGAUGUCAAAAAAAUAAAACAAAAUGCUAGUAUUGGUAAUAUUACUGAUUUGAGAAAUAGUGAUGUUCAAUCAAUUUUUUUGGCAUUUCAACACUUCCCUGUCAACUCUGAAGAAACUUUGGGGCUGUUGGAAGAAUACCUGUCCAAAGAGGAACAUUUCAAAGCUGCUGUAUCAGAAAUUUCGAAGAUUGGAGGUGCUACCACUUAUGAUUUCAUGAAACGCUGUCUUUCCUCAAUGUUGACCAAUGGUUUCGCUUCACAAUUUAGCUGGCUAGGAGCCAAGAAAAAGAAGAUUUUCCAAAAAUUUAAAUUAGCUGAACUUCUGCUAGAAGCAGCUCAAGUCAACGGAUUAUCGGCGAAUAAAAAAUAUUCCGAAGACGCAAUCAAAGCUUGGUUGAGGAGAGCAAAAGAAAGACACAUAUCAUCUUUAAAGAAGCUGGGUGCUUCAGAAGAUGUUGCUAAUGAUAAUAAUAGUAUCCUGUUUUUGCCAUGAAUAUCAUCUAUUGCUACCAGAGAGGAAUUCAGUAGUAGUAAUAUAGUUGUUCUUGUUUGCGAG